AACUCUAUCGUAGUUAUCGAUCCCAUCUUGAUUGUCUACCACAACGUUCAUCAAAAUGCCUUCAAGGAUUGCUGAGCCCUCUGCGGCAGACACGACAGUAACCCAGGACUUGGCGUUCAUUACCUUUCCACCCUUCCCAAAACCCCCACCGGGUGUGACACUCAUCCCUUUCAAAGAUUUCAGGGCGCGCGGGAUACAGCUGUUUGAAGUUGUUGGCGGCCAGAAUGAGGAAGACAUGGAGCUCGAUGGCCUGGGCAUACCCACCGUCGAGUUGCGCGUGAAGCAUUCAACUGACGAGUGCAAGAGCAACACACGCAAGAGGAAACGUAAGAAGAAGACUGCUGGCGUAGACAGCGCGCCUGCAAGGAAGGUUCCGUGGUACGAAGAGUGGGAGGAGGGUGAAGAUCUGCGUAUCACGAAGGGCAAGUUCGAUUCGAAUAUAUCUCACGUGGAUCGCCUCUUUCAUGCUGCGAACGACUUUCGGGUCAAUCGCACUUGGCCGCCGGUCACUUCUGGAGUCGGCCAGCUCUGGGACCAGUUUCGUCUGUAUGUUGGACUCCUUGUCAAUCCAGCGGUCUAUCGCAAACCGACCAAAGACGAAGCGGAUGACGAUGACGACGAUGACUGCGAUAGCCCCCCUAAUACUCAGAUCAACGGGGAGGAUACCUUUGGACUAGCUCCUUCCUUAAAGGACCCUGCUAGCUCAACUUACUCUGUUGAAUUAGACGAUCACGACGACGACGAAGGUUUACAGGCACGCAAAUCUGAUCUGGAAGAACAACGCGAGGAGAAGCUGACCGUGUUCUUGAACGGCCCGGAGAAGUCGGUGACAAUUUUCCUAUCGUCUUACAUGCGUGAACAAGGCCUCAUCUGGUCGGAGAGGAACCUCAUUAACGCACCACACCUCCUCAGCUUUUUCUUGAACUUUGUCCUGCGGAACCGCGUCCUCCCAAAAGCCUCGCAUGAACGCGGCAUCCGUAGUGCCCUUGAUAUUGUGGAGCUCGCGAAGAAGGAGCUGCCCCUGACAUACAAGAUCGGGCAGGCGUUACCCGAUGUGUUCAGCGAUGGCUGCAAGGAGUGCUUUGGCCGCAAAGGCGGGAUUGAAUGGUCCUUUGACGAUCACCUGAAGGCAACUGAUCAGCCUGCUCCAGUCGAUGCGACUAUUACUGUUACCGAUCAGCAUGGUACUGAAACGGAGAUCGUUCUCCCAGAUACGGAGGAAACAGCACUUAAAGAUGCCAUCGAGGACAAUGUUGACAUGGAGAUCCAGGUUACUAACAUGCGCACUACUGCCCUCGUCGCUAAUGCCAACACCAUCGCCCCUAUCACCACCGCACCACCCGACAUCUGGUCUGGAGACACAACAGACACCGUUGCCGGCGGGUGGGGUGCAACGGGCGACACCGGAGGUUGGGGUUCUGUAGGUUCUGACACCUGGGGUGCCAUCGGCGAUGGCGGCACAUGGGGCCCUGCGGAUGACAAUGACGAAUGGGGUGCGGACUCCGCCCCACUCUCAUUUGCACCCGAAGUGACUGAGCCCUCUUGGCUUUCCCCACCGCCCUCGCUCACGUCUCUCCUGGGUCCCACCUCUUUCCCACUGACGCACAGCACAGGGGUCGUGGAGUCCUCCACACGCCGUAUCAAAGCGAUUCACCUGCCCCCGAAGGAUAAGGCAAAGAUUAAGGGUGACACAGCGGAAAUGGUGGAGGAUGAGUUAGAGCGGAGGUUUGCGCGGGUUGUCAUGAGCCCGUGGGGGAGAGAGGAGAACGAUAUUCCCAAGCCAUUCAUUCGCAAGACCUCCCGCGGUGCAGUGGUCAUGCCCGACGGCGAGGUUGAAGGCAGCGGGUCCGGAAAGCCGCACAAUCCAUAUGAGGACGAUAUCGUCCUGGUCUUAGAGCCUACCGUUCUCGAUACGCUGAGCCUUGGGAUGGGACUCGGAGGGUUAUGGGUGCAGAUCGUGCGUGAGGAGAAUGAAGCGCCGAAGAAGUCCAACGGAAAACGCGGAAAGAAAGCCAAAGGCCCUCUGGAUGAACUUUCGGGGAAUUACUGGUACCUCGAAGAGCUGAUGGGCAUCUUCCCAAGCUAUUUCAUGUCCAGGGAGAACGCGAAGUAGACCAUCUUGGGAGGAAGUUUUUAUAUUUGUCUUGUCUUAUCAUGCUUUGCUUUUUGCUUUCAAAGUUUAGUGUUUGAUGCUAUCACAAUGUAUACUUACCUUUGACUUACUCGACGCUAGUGCAUGUGCUUUUCAUGGUUAUCUUAAACUGAAUGCUAAGAUUUCUCGUCCG